AUGAAUGAAAAAGUAAAGAGUUUUCUUUUCGAUUUCGGAGUGAGCGGAUCGGCCGCGGUCGUUUCCAAAACGUUAAUAGCUCCGGUCGAACGUGCAAAAUUUAUAAUUCAAAAUCAAGAUUAUGCCUUAGAUGUAAUGACUGGCAAACAAAAACCAUACAGUGGCCUUAUCGACUUGUUUACACGCAUACCCAAGGAACAAGGAAUAUUAAGUUUAUGGCGAGGGAAUGGAACUAAUAUAGCAAGAUAUUUCCCAUCUCAAGCUUUAAAUUUUUCGCUAUAUAAUACGUACAAAAAUUUUUUCACGUCUUGUGUAUCAGGUGAUCAUUAUAUGAAUUUGCUUAUGUGUAAAUUAUUUGCUGGGGGUUUGGCCGGAGCUUGUUCUGCCGCGCUCGUGUUUCCGUUAGAUUUUUGUCAAACUCGAUUAGCUUUGGAUAUGGGACAUGGAAAGCACAAAGCGGGAUCAACUCCAACUGCUAAUCAAAAAACAAAACCAAGAGAAUUUAAUGGAAUGUUUAGCUGUUUUUAUAAGAUAUCACAAAAAGAUGGCGUUCUAGGUCUUUAUAGAGGUGUUCAUUUAUCCGUUAUUGGUUUUGGAAUUUAUAGAGCUUUUUACUUUGCUUUAUACGAAAUGAGUAAAUUGCUUUAUCACGACAAACAUUACAAAACUAAUUCAAACGAUAAAUCGGAAAAGAUGCCGCUACUUCUCUCGCUGCUUUCGGCGCAGAUUUGUACAAUUGCGGCUGGGAUGGCUUCGUAUCCUUUGGACACAAUGGCCAGGCACAUGAUGUUAGAUGCGGGGAGGCCUAUGAAUUUAAGGAAAAAUAAAACGAUGGUCAUAACGGCACAAAGAAUUUGGAAAAAAUACGGGAUAUAUGGAUUUUUUAGAGGUGCUUUUGUUAAUGCAAUGAGAUGUACCGCUGGAGCUUUAGUGCUGGUUAUGUACGAUGAAUUUGUGUAUUAUACCUACAAGUGGAAAAUGAUUAAAAAAUGA